ACAUGGAGCGGAAUAGAGAAACUGCUGGAAUAUACUUACACCGGGAAGAAGGCGAAGGCCGUCGCGCUCUCGGCGGCGGCGGCGGCGGCGGCAGCGGCGAUGCUUGCGUUCGAGCAGCAGGUGUUGGCGGAUCUGGUGGAAGAUCCGAACGGAGGUCUGGUGGUGCUCUCCUCGGGUCUCCCUCUCGCUUCCCUAGCCGCUACCCUCCUCCUCCAUCUCCACCAGACCCCCGGCAACGCGGCUGGAGGAGGAUGUCUCCUCGUCCUCUCCGCCACCGAUACCCUCAAGGCCCGGAUCCGGCGCCGCCUCCAAGACAAGCUGCAGGUUCACGACGUGCCCCCUGACCUCGCCGCGCAGCAGCGCGCCACCCUUUACGCCUCUGGCGCUGCUCUCUUCCUCUCUCCCCGCGCCCUCGCCGCCGACCUCCUCACCUCCCGCCUCCUCCCCUCCCGCGUCCAAGCCCUACUCCUCCUCUCCGCCCACCGCUCCACCGAUACCUCCUCCGAUGCCUUCAUCUGCCGCCUCCUCCGUCAACGCAAUCUUCUCCCCGUUUACGCCUUCUCCGAUUGCCCCCAUGCCAUGGUCGCCGGUUUCUCCAAGGCCGAGCGUACCAUGAAGAGCCUCUACGUCCGCCGUCUCCACCUCUGGCCCCGCUUCCACGUUCUCGCCGCAGCCGACCUGGAACGCGCCCCGCCUGACGUCGUAGACGUGCGCGUUCCCAUGACGCCGCCCAUGAGGGGUAUCCAGGCUGCUGUCCUCGCUACCAUGGACGCUUGUCUCAAGGAACUUAGGCGCACCAACAAGGUGGAUGUUGAGGACCUCACCGUCGACAAGGGCCUCUUCAAGUCCUUCGAUGAGAUCGUCCGGAGGCAGCUCGACCCCAUCUGGCACACUCUUGGGAAGAAGACAAAGCAGCUUGUGGCUGACCUCAGGACGCUACGCAAGCUGCUUGAUUACCUCGUCAGGUAUGACGCCGUUACAUACUUGAAGUACCUUGACACAUUGAGAGUAUCAGAAGGUGUCAGAUCAGUUUGGAUACUUGCUGACUCAAGCCAUAGGAUAUUUGAGCUUGCAAAAAGGCGCGUUUACCAGGCAGUGAGAACAGAUGGUGUUAAUGUUAGCAUAGAUAAUAAGGGCACACCAACAAAGAAGAGGAAAGUGGCACAUAAUUCUACCAAGAAAGGAAAAGUAACUGAAAAUGAAGAUUCCACUGUAGGUCCCAACACUCAGAAGGCUAAUACUGAUGUGGGCAUUGUAUUGGAAGAGGUUUUGGAGGAGGCACCGAAAUGGAAAGUGUUAUGGGAAUUGUUGCAAGAGAUAGCAGAACAACGGAUGAAGAGCAGUGCCGGGAAUGUGCAUGAUGAGGACAAAAAUGAUGAAAGUGGCAUAGUUUUGGUAUCAUGUAAAGAUGAACGCACAUGCUUGCAGCUGCAGGAAUGCAUAUUAAAAGGCCCCUGUCAGGUUAUGCGAGAAGAGUGGGAGAAGUAUCUGAUUGGAAAAGCUGAGCUGCAUGGAUUGAAUAAGGACAAGAGAAAAUCUGAGCAACCAAAAGGUGUUGGUGUCCUGGAUGGUGAAGUUCAAAUGGGAUCUAGUGAGAGUGUGUGUCCAGUUAGCAUUAGCAAACUCGAAACUAAUGCCUUACUUGCCGCUGCCUCUGAAUUAAGAAAUAUAUCAAAUGAAGCAGAUGUCAAGAGUAGCUCAAAUAGCAGCUGCAGCAAGGCUGGGGGAGCAAAGGGGAAACCAAAGAAAACCACUUCAAAGAGACAAGGCAGCAAUCGAAAAAAUAAAAGUAAGGAGGGAAAUGACAAUAGCCAAGGUACUGGUCUGGAUUCUGAAGGUCAAUCAGGAAAAGCAGAUGUACAGGCUGAGAUUGUUGCUUCUAAGAUGUCCGCAUAUGAUGCUUCCAUGUCAGCCUCUACUUCUAAUGUUAAAUUUAACCAUUCAUCUGCUUUCGGAAACUUGGCAAACGCCAAGCCACUACCUCCUGUGCAGUUUCAUGCUCUAGACAGUGACCACCAGGUUCUUGAUGUAUGGAAGCCAUCUGUCAUUAUUGUUUAUCAUCCAGAUAUUACCUUUGUAAGAGAAAUUGAAGUAUACAAGGCAGAAAACUCAUCAAGGAAGUUAAAAGUUUACUUCCUUUUUUAUGAAGAUUCCACUGAGGUGCAAAAAUAUGAGUCCAGCAUUCGACGGGAAAAUGAAGCAUUUGAAUCUUUGAUCAGACAGAAGUCCCUGAUGAUGAUACCUGUUGAUCAGGAUGGCCGUUGCAUUGGACCAACUGUUGCAAAUGAACCAGAGCCUCCUUUAUGUCAGAACUCAAUUACAAGAAAGGCAGGUGGUAAAAAGGCGCCCGAGAAGGAGAUGCAGGUUAUUGUAGACAUGAGAGAGUUCAUGAGCAGCCUUCCGAAUGUAUUACAUCAAAAAGGUAUCCGAAUCGUACCGGUCACCCUUGAAGUUGGUGACUAUGUGCUCUCUCCUUUGAUCUGUGUUGAACGGAAAAGUAUUGCGGACUUGUUCCAAAGCUUUGCUUCUGGUCGUCUGUACAAUCAGGUUGAGACAAUGGCACGUUACUACAAGAUCCCGGUUCUCCUCAUCGAGUUCUCACAAGAUAAGAGCUUUUCCUUUCAGUCUGCAAAUGAGAUUGGUGAUGAUGUCUCUCCGACCAACAUUAUCUCGAAGCUUUCUCUGCUAGUGCUGCAUUUUCCUCGGCUUCGCAUAAUCUGGUCACGCAGCUUGCAUGCUACAGCAGAAAUAUUUAUGUCACUGAAAACAAACCAGGAUGAACCUGAUGAGAAAAAAGCAACAAGAGUUGGCGUGCCAUCCGAGGAUGGUAUCGUGGAGGAUGAUGUGAGGUCUGAAAAUUACAACACAUCAGCCAUUGAGUUCUUAAGAAGGCUUCCUGGGGUGACGGAUUCUAACUACCGAGCAAUCAUGGAUGGAUGCAAUAGCUUGGCCGAGCUGGCCCUGCUUCCAGUGGAAAGGUUGGCGGAGCUAAUGGGUGGUCAGAAAGCUGCGCGGACGCUCAAGGAGUUUCUCGAUGCCAAGUGCCCAACCAUGUUGUAGCCAGAGUGACGCUGUACUGUUUGUAUUGUGUCCUGUGGGAUACAAAUACUUCAGUUGAUGUGCCUUAUAUAUAUAUAUUAAAAAAAACAAAUGUUGUACCAAUGCCAAUGCCUGUGCAUGUUGUUGUCUGGAAUCGAUAGACACAUGUGCUGUGCAUGGUAAAUUUUGCAGAAUCGUGUGCUUGUGGGCCAAAGCAAACAUGCAGAAAAUGAGCAGCAGAUUAUGGGCUGGGCAGGCUCUAACCCAGCCCAGGAACUCCCCCUCUCCCCCACGUUCUUCUUUGUUGUUGUUGGGCAAGUAAUAAGUAGGGUUUUUGGUUUCACCAGUCUCUGGCCAUCCCAAUACCCGUCUUCGCUUCUCAAGUGGAAAUGGCACAUCAGUACAAUAAUUGUUUAUACAGGCACUUUUAGCUUAUGUUGCGUUGGUUGUCCAAUAACCAUAUUCAGGUAGUGCGGCUGUUUGAGUCUACGCUACAGAAUGACUAUCUAAAUCACACCUCCUGUGGAGCCUUUCAUGCUCAGAUGGAAUCUUGGGAAAGAAUUUUGUACUGGAUGGCAGUUUUGUGGGAGCGUGGGUUCAGUCAUGAGAAUCCUCAAGUGAGAUGCCUGGUUAUGCAAUCCUUUUUGGAUAUUGCAUGGGAACGCUACAAGGAUUGCACUCAGAUAAUUCCAAGGGGUUUUGUGCUUGGUCCUCUGAUACGUGGUUUGAAUGAUGUGGUUCAUCAUAAGGAUUUUGGCAUUGGGGGUGCUUAUAGUUCGAAAACCAUAAAAGAUGCUGAGAGAUUUUUCAGAACUUAUACCCACAACUUGGCGAGAUGGAUUGAUGACUCUUGCAUCCUGUGUUGCUUCAUGCACACGUCAGUCAGAGACAAAUGAUGUGCCAUGUGCCGUAUCUGGGAAAGCAGCGACAAAAUGUGAUGGAUGUGUACUGUACCUACAGAAGUUAGGCCAACAGAUUUGUUAGAUGUCUUAUGGAUUCUCAGUGAGAGGAGUAAACAACACUUUAAUCCAAAGUAUCGUCUGAAAGGUUCUACUCUUCAUCUCUCUCAUCGAGAAAUUUUGUGACAGUUAUGAAUAGACAGCUUGUUAACUUGAAGUCUAGUGCAGUUUGUGAACAGGUUAUAAAAGUUGCAACAUCACUGAUAAAUGCCACUGAAAUUCCACUUAACCCGCUUCUGCAUUUCAUUGCCACAAUUCCUCGAGAGUUCUCUGAUUAUAUUGGACCAUUGAGAGUAGUAGUUCAAAAAUGGUUUGUUCAGAAGGAAGAAUGUUCUCCUGGUGACACUUUGUUGAGUAAGCUGAUUGAUUUCUCUGCCACCUUCGUAAGUCAAAAACGGAAUGAAGGUUCGAAUGUUUUUGAUGACGAGGAUGUGGAUGCAUGGGAAGCUGAAGCAAGGUGGGCUAGAACCCUUCUUGUAACCUCGGAGGAGGAACAUUUGAAACGAAUCUUCAGGGUUUGUUUUUUCUGUCGCUUGUAUAUGUACUUGUAAAACGAUAGGAUCUCUAUAUUGUGCUUGGGUCUUGAACUUCAGCUAUGCGCUAUCUUUUUUUAUUGCCCUUGUGUGUUUCAAUUUAUCUUUGGUUCAAAAUGGUAAUUUUCAUUGCAGUUUUUGGAGGCAUAUGGCUACAAGCUCUCUGAGCAAUGUCCCAGUGGAGAUUUCAUACCCAUAAAAAAUUUUAUCAUUGUUUUAAGCUUCAUUGAGGAACUUGAGGUGAGACAGAGAGAGCUUGUUUGCCGGAGUAUAAUACAAUCUUAAGAGGUUCAGAUACAGUAAAUUUAUUGGUGCUCGAUGAUCUCAACAAAAUGUUCACAGAAUCACUUUUGCUAAUUUUGGAAAAUAUGGUGGCCUUCAGCAAACUGUCUUGCCCCGUAUUCUGGUUUUGAGAUGUGGACGAACAGGAUUUACCCCCAAAGCUUGGAGGACCAAGCCAGCGUCGUUUGGCUACCUCCAUUACUUCUUCAGUAUUACAGGGUGUAUGUUCCGUCCUUCUUGGAGUGGUGGAAGAGGGCUGCAGAGACAGUGCAGGGAAUGGUCAAGAAAGCUGGAUUCUCUCGUCAUUUUGGGAGCCUGGAAGAUUUGGAACCACUACAAUAGAUAUGUGUUUGAUGGAGAGACCCCAGCCUUUCUCGAACCCUGAAGCACUCUGAAGCAGACUGAUGAUGAGAGAAGCCUUUGAGAGCUAGCAGGAGUCAAGGGUCUCUCCUAUUUAGGAGCUCCCUUGCUGGUCGUCUAAAGACUCCUCUUUCUCAUGGAUUUGUUUCUUUAUGUUUAUUUCUGCACUCCGUAAGGAGCGUUUUUUUUAUUUGUAUUUCGGUCUUCUAUGGACCUUUUUUCUCUGUAAAAGGUUCCAUUUCACAUGUUUCACAUAAUCUUUCAGAUAUACUGCAUUACUACUAUCUUGAUGCUUUUGUCUUCUGUGCUAGUCCAACAAAGUUUUAUUUUCUACUGUC